CCCGCGUACGGAAGCCCGCAAAGCUCAAACGCGCUCGUGCACUCUGCGUUGAUGGACGUCCUGCUGCCAACUUGGCCGAAUAACCCAGCCGACGCAUUCUCAACACCUGCAAUCCUGCGAGCGACUUGGAAAGUCGCCGGCCGGCAGCUCGCGUCGAGUUGGGCCGGGCCCGGCCGAGCGAGCAUGUGAGCCGACGGCUGGCAGGCAGGCAGGCAGGCAGGCUAGCAAGCAGUUUUCGGGGAUGCUACGUGGGCACAAGAGGAAGCGGAAGAAGAAGAACCACGAGCGAGACGCUGAAGGCGCGUGGCCGACACUCGGCAUCUUUUCCCCUCGGACAUGAUUUUAUGCUUGUCUGGAGGGAUGGCAGGUCGGAGCCGGAGAGCUUGGUUGAGCGUCCUGCUGGGUCUGGUGCUGGGCUUCACACUGGCCUCUCGCCUCAUCCUGCCCAAGGCCGCGGAAAUCGCCAAAGGCAACCCGGGCGGCUGCCGCCUCAACGAGCGACUCGGCGCAGCCGGGGCCCUGUGGCCACCUCGCGACAGCCGCCCGCCGGCCGCGCAGACGACGUCCUCGGGAGCCGCGCGCUCCACCGACUUCCUCUUCGUGGGCGUCAUGACCGCGCAAAAGUACCUCAACAGCCGCGCGGUGGCCGCGCACAGAACGUGGGCCCGGAGCAUCCCGGGUCGGGUUGAGUUCUUCUCCAGCGAGGGCUCCAAUGCCUCGGCGCCCGUGCCGCUGGUGGCGCUGCGCGGCGCCGACGACUCCUACCCGCCGCAAAAGAAGUCCUUCCUGAUGCUCAAAUACAUGCACGACCACUACCUGGAGCGCUACCAGUGGUUCAUGCGGGCCGACGACGACGUCUACGUCAAAGGCCGGCGUCUGGAGAGCUUUCUGCGCCGCCUCAACGGCAGCGCGCCCAUCUUCCUGGGCCAGACGGGCAUGGGCGCCCGCGACGAGCUGGGCAAGCUGGCGCUGGAGCCCGGCGAGAACUUCUGCAUGGGCGGGCCCGGUGUGGUCAUGAGCCGAGAAGUCCUGCGCCGCGUGGCGCCGCACCUGAGCCGCUGCCUGCGCCAGAUGCACACGGCGCACGAGGACGUGGAGGUGGGGCGCUGCGUGCGCCGCUUCGCCGGGGUCCAGUGCGUCUGGUCCUACGAGAUGCAGCAGCUGUUCUACGAGAACUACGAGCCCGACAAGAAAGGCUUCAUCCGUGAGCUGCGCAGCGGCAAGAUUCACCGGGCCGUCACGCUGCAUCCCAACAAGAGCCCGCCUCACCAGUAUCGCUUGCACGCCUAUCUGUUGAGCCGGCGCGCGGCCGCGCUGCGCCACCGCACCGUGCGCCUCCACCGCGAGCUGGUCGGGAUGGCGCGCCCGGGUGCCCCUGAGCCGAGUCGCGAGGACCGGCUGCUGGGGGCGUCGCCUUCCUUCAUGAGGUUCCGGCCCCGCCGCCGCAGCGACGUGCUGGAAUGGGACUUCCUGAGCGCCAGGCACCUCUUCUCCGCCUGGGACGGGCAGCCGCCCCGCCGCGGGACCGACGCCGCGCAGCGCCAAGCCCUCGACGGCAUCGUCAUGCAGGUGAUGGAGAUGAUCAACGCCAACGCCGAGACCCGCGGCCGCGUCAUCGACUUCAAGGAAAUCCAGUACGGCUACCGACGGGUCAACCCGCUCUACGGCGCCGAGUAUGUGCUGGACCUGCUGCUGCUCUACAAGAAGCACAAAGGCAGGAGCGUGACGGUGCCGGUGCGCAGACACGCGUACCUGCAGCAGACCUUCAGCCGCAUCCAGUUGCGCGAGGAGCGGCCCACCGACGCCACCGCCCUGGCGGCGCACGUCGACCGCCACUCGGACUCUCUCUCCUUCCUAUCCCUCAGCUCCCUGAAGAUGCUGGUCCCCUUCAAGCUGGCGCCGGCCGUCGGCCUGCGUGCGGACGCCGGCCGCGACGACAAGGUCAACAUCCUGGUGCCGCUGUCGGGCCGCUACGACGCCUUUGCGCGCUUCAUGGCCAACGUGGAGCGCGUGUGCCUGAUCCCCAAGCACAACGUCAAGCUCCUCGUCCUGCUCUUCAACGCCGACGACGGCGCCGAGCGGGUCAAGCAGGUGGAGCUGAUGCGCGAGUACCACAUCAAGUACCCGCGGGCCGAGCUGGAGAUCAAAGCCGUGGCUGGCCCCUUCUCGCGGGCGCUGGCGCUGGAGGAGGGCUCGGCGCGCUUCUCCGACCAUUCGCUGCUCUUCUACUGCGAUGUGGAUCUCCUCUUCACCGCCGACUUCCUGCAGCGCUGCAGGGCCAACGCGGCAGCCGGCCGCUCCUCCUACUUCCCCGUCGUUUUCAGCCAGUACGACCCCGAGGUGGUGUACGGUGGCGGCACGCAACGAGCCGACGCCAACCACUACGCCUUCACCGCCAAGACGGGCCUGUGGAGGAACUUUGGCUUUGGGGUGGUGUGCGCCCACAAGGGCGAUCUGUUCCGCACCGGGGGCUUCAACACCACCAUCCGGGGUUGGGGCCUGGAGGACGUGGACCUCUUUGACAAGUUCCUGCCCUCGGGCGUCGCGCUGUUUCGCAGCAACGACCCGGGCAUUGUGCACGUGCAUCACCCGGUCACCUGCGACCCCCACCUGGAGCCGAGGCAGCACAAGAUGUGCUUGGGGUCCCGGGCGUCUCUGCGGGGUUCCGUGCGCCAGCUGGCCCAGCUAUGGUUGGACAAGAAGGAGCUGGGCCCGCCACUGGCCGCCAACGCCUCGCUUCGCCUGACAGCCUGACCCCGCCCAACCUCUGUCGUUCAUUUCUUGGCCACCGGCGGCCGCCGCGCAGGUUGGCUUUUGUAAAUAUCACGGACGUUUUGAUCUCUGGACUAUUUUGAAUUUCGUUCCGUACCUUCUCAUUUGUGGACAUUAUGACGUCAAACUCGCCAGUCGGUCGGAGAAGGGCUUUCCCGAGGAGCAGAACACUGGAAAAGGGUUGCGGAGUGGUCCUUUUGGACCAGAUUUUCCUUUGGCCCAAAAAGACGCUGGCCAAAAUUCUCAAGGGCCGCUCAGUUGCUGGGCCAAUGUCAGCGUUUCUGGUGGACCCCCAAUUCACAUAGUUGAGAAAAAGAACUUUUUUCUAAAAAAAUGUUUACUCUUCAACUCUGUUUAAGUGGAAAGUGUGUCUCAAAAAAUAAAUGUUCAUUUUUAA